CACUAUUAGAGUCUCUUCAAACAAUAUGGCACCGACAGACAUUUCAUCCUUUGCUACAACACAGCUUGCACUUUUGGACGAAGAGUUGCAGGCGGAGCUUGCCGAAACGUCAUUACUAGCAUCUCAGUCAACACCUACUGCUCUGCAGCGUGCUGGCGUUGCGGUACUCAAUCUUGCUGUAGAUUCUCAGAGAACGGGCCUUGGUGGCAAGACGGUGAUUGACCUUGGACUUGACCCGGCCGUUGGCGGAGGAGAUCUCCCUGAACAUGGCAUCCGCACGGGAGAUAUUGUUAGCGUCCAGGAGCAACCUUCUGGUUCCGCAAAGAAAAAAGAGAAAACUGAUCUGAAGAAGAAUGGAGUUGACGGUGUGGUGGUAAAAGUCACGGCCUCAAGCAUUGCUGUCGCUUUAGAUAAUGAAGAUGCCGAUGCUCCGGCCGGCAAGCUUUGGGUUAUCAAGCUUGCCAAUGAUAUUACGUACAAACGGAUGAAUCAGACCAUGACUCGUCUUGAGAGGUUUUCUGAGCCAGAAUAUACUAAUCUCAUUCGAGUGCUCUUUGGUCAAUCCUCACCUACUCCGGUGUCUGCAGAGGAUAUAGCUGCAUUGACUGGAGGAGAAUCCAUUCAAUUCAUCGAUCCGAGUUUGAACGACUCCCAAAAAGAAGCCAUUAGAUUUGCCAUAGCAUCUCGAGAGAUUGCGCUUAUACACGGCCCGCCUGGAACUGGGAAAACUCAUACGCUUAUUGAGCUUAUUUUACAGCUUUUAAAGCAAAAGCUACGGCUACUUGUCUGUGGACCCUCAAACAUAUCCGUGGAUAACAUUGUAGAACGACUCUCUCCUCACAAAGUGCCAAUGGUCAGACUCGGCCACCCCGCACGACUCCUUCCAUCUGUGCUGGAUCAUUCUCUGGAUGUUCUUACCCAAACUUCAGACGCUGCAGAAAUUGUCCGUGACAUCAGGCAAGAAAUGGACUCUAAGCAGGCAAGCAUACGGAAGACCAGGAAUGGCCGAGAAAGGAAGGCGAUCUAUGGCGACCUUAGGGAACUUCGAAAGGAAUUUAGAGAGCGAGAACGCAGAUGCGUAGGCAACCUUGUUAGCGAAAGCAAAGUUGUACUGGCGACGCUUCAUGGUGCUGGCGGCUUUCAGCUGAGAAACGAAGAAUUCGACAUUGUCAUUAUUGAUGAAGCUAGUCAAGCAUUGGAGGCUCAAUGUUGGGUUCCGUUGCUGACGGCAAAGAAAGCUAUUCUAGCAGGCGAUCAUUUACAAUUGCCACCUACGAUCAAAUCACUGAACAGCAAGACAAAAAAAACAAAGCUUGACGAUACUGACUUAGUUGGAAAGGCUACACUGGAAACAACACUUUUCGACCGUCUUUUAAUGCUAUAUGGCUCCUCGAUCAAAAAGAUGCUGACAACGCAAUACCGAAUGCAUGAGAAAAUAAUGCAAUUCCCUUCUGACAGCUUAUAUGAAUCUCGAUUGGUGGCUGCUGAGUCGGUAAAAUCUCGUUUGCUCAAAGAUCUCCCUUAUGGUGUCGAUGAAACAGAAGAUACAUCCUUUCCUGUUGUUUUCUGGGACACUCAAGGGGGAGACUUCCAAGAAAAGACGGAAGAUGAAGAAAUAGGAAAGAAGGCGGGCAAAGGCAUGAAUAUUGGCGAAAGCAAGAGCAAUGAAUCCGAGGCCAUCUUGGUCAAAUUCCAUGUGAAAGCUCUGGCUGAUGCUGGUCUAAAGCCUGAAGAUAUUGCUGUAGUUACGCCAUAUAACGCACAGCUUGCACUGCUAUCACAAAGUCUUAAGGAGUCAUUUCCAGGGAUAGAGUUGGGUAGUGUCGACGGCUUCCAAGGGCGAGAGAAGGAAGCGAUAGUGGUAAGCCUUGUACGGAGUAAUGAUAAACAUGAGGUCGGAUUUCUCGGGGAGAAGCGUCGGUUGAAUGGUGAGCAUAGCCAGGGAGAACAAAGCAUACAGACUAUUGACAAUUCUGGCAGUUGCCAUGAC